GUUCUGAAUUUACCCAGCAAUAUUUUGCAUGUGUCCUUGCUCGUGUUUUUUAAACGAUUGGCCUCUUAGAAUUCGUUUUGUAUUCAUAAGGUGAACUCACCAUGAACUAAUUAUGAUGUACGUUUUAUGAACCGCAUAUCCCCUUACACGAGCACGGCCGCCUUUAAAGUGGAGAACAAUACAGUGCCUUUUUGCAGCCGCUUAUUGUUUCUGUAUCCAAGUGGUCGUGUAUAAAUGCCUCCCCUCUACAGACCCGUGAAAUUGUACAGAACCGAAAGCUGGAUCGGGUAAGAGGCUGUGCUUCAUAUUAUAUUAAACAUAGUAUGUAUUGACAUGAUAUAUAUUAACAACGGUUCUACGUGCGCAGUAAACAAAUUGGCAUCUUUUUUAUAUGCGCAGAGAAACACAUAGACGUUCCCAAGCCAACCGUUGCCACUGUCAAGAAGUACUGUAAACGUAGCUGAAACUUUACUUCUGCGGUGUGAACACGUCUGCACCAACAUGAAGCUACCUGGAGUCUCUGUUCCUUCUACACCCGUGUCCUUCAUCCGCUCCACCCCAAUUCAACGUUAUCGCUACAUGGUCACACCUCUGGCUUUACCUGCAAUAUGUCCCGCUACUGUCCCACUCUCCAUCAACCAGUGCGGCCCUCGAAUGGACCCCUUGAAUCCACCUCUACGCAGACGAACAGCCGGUCUGGAGACACCCGCAGUGCAUCUUUAUAACCACCAGAGGGCGGUGGUCAUGCAGCAAAAAGAGUACUGCAGGUUUCACCAGUCUUGGCAGAGGCCAUUCUAUGGUUCUCGUGCAGAGAAAGAGGAAUACAGGAAGGAAGUGCGGGAAGUACUGAAAAGGCAGAUGAGGGAGAAGUGGGAAGCUCGGAGCCUGCAACUGGCCAUUAAAAUGCAAGAGCUGGCGCAUCAGCAGGAGGCAGACCAAGAAGCGCUGUCCAAACAGCGAGAAGAGAUGUGCUCCAGGGCCAAAGAGAUGAGACAGUACCGAGACGAGAACAAGAGGCUGAUGGAGCAGUGCUGGAGGGACAGGGCAGUCAGUCGGUCUCUGGAGAAGCUGAAAGAUCGAGAACUUCUUCAGUACAACCCUCUGAACUGGAGCUGUACUCUUAAAUAAUAUACAUAAUAUUGCCACACCCCUAGCACCGGGACAUCCUACA